AUGCCUCCUAAAGAAGAAAAGUCAGCGAACGACAGCAAGAUGGUGACACCAGUGACAAUGCUUCAAACGACGAAUGUUCCAGAAUUUAACCCGAAUGUGGAGUCGUGGAAUGUUUGGAAGGAACGUUUGGAGAUACAUUUCUGUGAAGUGAAUUGCACAGAUGACAAUGUAAGGAAGUCGAUUUUAUUAAAAUCAAUUGGUGCCGUUCCAUACAAAGUUCUACACAGUUUGUGCAGUCCAGCUACUCCCGUGUCAAAAUCAUUUAAAGAGUUGUGUGAAAUAUUGGACACACAAUAUACUCCACCUACUAUUGUGUUUAGUGAGCGGAAAAUAUUUCAUAUUUCAACGAAGCAAGAAAGUGAAUCUGUGGCGGAAUGGUAUGCUCGUGUAAAGAUGUUGGCACUUAAUUGUAAAUUUGGGGUCAAUUUAGAUGCAUUUGUGUUAAACCAAUUCGUAAUGGGUUUGCCAAAUUUCAUCUUUGAAAGACUGUGUGAAGAAGAUGAGAAUCUCACAAUUCAAAGUGCAUUAAGAAAGGCGAUGAUAUUAGAGACGAAAUGCAUCAUAAAGGGAGGAAAAGAAGAAACUGCAGUGAAUUUUGUUAAGAAGCAAAAACAUCAGAAGCAGAACAACGGUAGUGGUAACAGCAAUAGAGGCAACAGUAGUAGUGACAACAGAGGUAAUGGUGGCAACAGCAACAGAGGCAAAUGGGGAAGCAGCAACAGAGGCUGUGGUGAUAAUGGCAGCAACAGAGAUGGUGGCAGAGAUAACAGAGGCGAUGAGAUAACAGAGGCGAUGGUGAGAGAAAAUUUCCUUGUUCUCACUGUGGUUGGCGAAUAUGAUGCGUCGAUUACUUUUAAAGGUAAUACAAAAACUGUUGUUGUUGUUGUUGUGGAUUCUGCAAACCCUCCAUUGCUUGGUCGUACGUUUUUACGUUCUUUUAAUUUCGAAUUAUUGCAAAUAAACAAUAUUAAUUUCGAAAAUAAUAAUGCUGCGGUCGUCGAACAAUUGAAGAUUGAGUUCGCCGAGGUUUUUGAAGAUAAGUUGGGUGAAUUUAAAAAUUCGCAAAUUUGUUUAAAGGUUGUUGAAAAUGCAACACCAGUAUUUUGCAAACCCAGACCUUUGCCAUUAGCAUGGAAGGCUAAAGUUGAGAAACAGUUGCGAGAUUUAAUCAGUUCAGGUGUUCUCGAACCUGUUGACAACUCCGAUUGGGGUACACCUUUAGUACCAGUUUUGAAACCCAACGGUGAUUUGCGGAUAUGCGGUGAUUAUAAAAUCACAAUUAACAAGUUUUUAGAGGAUUUUAAAUAUCCUUUACCCAGGAUAGAUGAGAUUUUUGCAUCUUUAGAGGGUGGUGAAAUUUUCACAAAGCUUGAUUUGUCCAAUGCGUACAAUCAGCUAAUUCUUGACGAUGAGUCACAAUUAUUGUGUGCAUGGAGUACGCACAUAGGUACAUUAAAAGUAAAAAGAUUACCUUUUGGUGUUAAGACUGCGGCAGCGAUUUUUCAAAAGACAAUGGAAAGUUUGUUAAGAAACAUACCGUUUGUCGUGGUGUAUCAGGAUGACAUUACAGUCACUGGAAAGACUAUGCAGAGUCACAUUAAAACGUUGAGGCUAGUACUUCAAAAACUACAAAAUGCUGGAUUGAAACUAAAUAUCAAAAACAAUCUCAAACCUCCUACAACAAAAGAAAAAAUUAUUGAGUCUCAACACAACAACAUAAAUAAUCACAAAGGAAAUCGUCAUGAAACUUUUCAAAAAGGCCAAAAUGUAAUGGUACGUGAUUACCGUAACCCAAAUAAGCCUAGUUGGACACAGGCAGUUGUAGAACAACAACUUGGACCUCAGUCAUAUUCAUGUACUUUGGCUCACAACAAACAUAGUAUCAAACGUCAUUUGGAUCAAAUCAGAAACCAGCAAAUUCAACAACAUGUCGAAACCAACAUGCAAAUGUUAUCAGACAACAACACAGCUUUGACUGUAGCCAAUGAGAUACCAACGAUGGAAGAUUUUUCACGCACUCGAAGAGAACUCAGACCACGUGAAGGAGCAACAGCUUUAGGAUGA